UUCAAACACAAAUAAACCCUACUCUCCCAUCUCUCCCCCACUCUCUCUGUCUCUCUCCUCUUUCCUUCUCUUACGCUCACUCCUACCGGAAAGCGGAAACAAACCCUAAAUUUGCCCUAAACGACAUCAAUGGAAGCACCGGAAUUCUUCCAUGGCGGCUACUACCGUCCGGGAAAUCCUCAAUUCACGCCUGAAAAACGUCAUUCUGAUCCUAAGCCCGGUGACCAUUUCAUUAUCGACGACCUCCUAGACUUCUCCAAUGAAGACGCCGUCAUCACCGACGGGACGUUCGACAUUACGGGAAAUUCAACUGACUCGUCGACCGUCACUGUCCUUGAUAGCUGCAAUUCCUCAUUUUCAGGUUCUGACCCGCAUUUUUCCGGCGACUUUGGUUGCAGGAGUUUUCCUGAUGCUCAAUUCUCCGGAGACCUCUGUGUGCCGUACGACGACUUAGCUGAGCUCGAAUGGCUUUCGAAUUUCGUGGAGGAAUCGUUCUCGAGCGAGGACUUGCAGAAGCUGCAACUGAUUUCAGGGAUGAAAGCGCGCACCGACGAGGUGUCCGAAACUCGAGAAUUCCAGCCAGAGAACAACAGAAACAAUCCGAUGUUUCGGCCGGAGAUUUCAGUUCCCGGGAAAGCGAGAAGCAAGCGUUCUCGAGCUGCUCCCUGCGACUGGUCUUCGCGACUGCUCGUACUGUCACCGACGACAUCCUCAUCGGAAUCUGACGUCGCAUCAAACUCCGGCAAGAAAACUACUAAGGGGGCACCAAAGAAGAGGGAAAGUUCGGAUAAUGCAAGUGGCAAUGGGGAGGGCAGGAAGUGCCUGCAUUGUGCCACCGACAAGACUCCGCAGUGGCGGACGGGGCCCAUGGGCCCAAAGACGCUUUGCAAUGCAUGCGGGGUCCGCUACAAGUCCGGGCGACUCGUACCGGAGUACCGUCCCGCAGCGAGCCCCACAUUUGUGCUCACGAAACACUCGAAUUCCCACAGAAAAGUCAUGGAGCUUCGACGGCAGAAGGAGUUGCAGAGGGCUCAGCAGCAACAAUUCUUGCACGCUAACCCAGUUUUCGACGUAUCCAGCGGGGAGGAUUACUUGAUCCAUCAUCAUGCCGGGCCCGAUUUCAGGCAGUUAAUCUGAUUGCGAGCAUGGUUUAGUCAACUUACUCUUGUGGAGCUCCGACGGUUUUAGCAGACGAGAUUCUCUAGAGAAUUUCCGUAAUUUUCUAAUUUUCCUCGUUGUAAGAGUUCUGAUUUUCUUCCUAACUUUUAAACUUCGUAGGCUCUUUUUUUCUACCGCAAAUUUACUAAGAAAAAAAAAGAAAUUGGAGGGAGAAGGAAGAUCAUUCAAAUAUGCUGCUGGACUGUAAUUUCUUGGUUCUCUUUAUCAUUUUUUGGCCCAUUUCGGCCGAUUUCGACAAAUUCCGCAACAUUUUUUUUUUCCAU